AUGGCGGCUAAUAACACUGAAACUAUCACCAAAAAAGGAGCAAGGCCUAAGAGAAUCAUUAUUGAUAUAUCAGCAUCUUUCUCGCUAUCUGCCAUUUCGACUUCGAAAGCUGAGAAAUCUGAAGGCUUGAAAUUUGGGAUUAAUAGUACAUGGGCGAUACGAAAAGUGAGUAAAAGGAAAGCAUCUCCAUCGACAAAAUCGAAAAUCGGAACAUCUGCCAUUGUAGCCGCGAUUGCGUCUGCGCCUACGACGACUGAGGAACCAAGAGAUAUUGCCAUACCUGCGACAUCUACUGCGAUUGUCGCUAUACCAGCUAGCAGCGAUAGAGAAAGCGACGUGAAAUUGGACGAAUUGAUAGAUUCAUUGGAUACGAAUAUGCCGGGCAUAUCAAGCGCAAGAAAUCGAUCUUCCCUGAUCGCAAACGCAAACACGAUGAUAGCUUCACCGAUCCUGGCACAUGUACAGCGUGUCCAAAGUAUACGUUCUGCAUCUACUCAUGAAUCUUCUGCUCCUCCACCUUCUCAAUCUCCCAAAUCAAAGCCCUCCCAAUCGCAACCCAAACCUGCUCGAACAGCGACGAAGCCCACGAAAUCUGAGCUCCCUCUCAAAGCUCUAAAUCAAUCUAUAACCUCGCGUUUGACCACGCCCGCUGGCGCGCGCUCGAUGGGUAGAGGAAAAGGAGAGAAACCUUUGCCGGGAAAUUAUCAGAGUGUGGCGAGGAGAGUUACGAUGACGAUUGUAGCGUUGCCUAUAUUGUUUGUUACGAGUUGGGUGCUUUGGGAUAGGUUAGUUCUGGGUCAAGAGAAGAAAUCACUUCUCCGCGAACCGCCUAUGGUACCUGGACCACCAAUGGCUGCGGAGAUGGAAGCGCGGAAUAAUAGGGAAUAAUAGAGUGUGAAUUUAAUUGUGAGUAGCGUUUGACGAUUUAUGAGGGUUGAAUGUGGUGAAUACAUAUAUUGUGCUG